CAACCCGCAUCUAGGAGUAGUAUUCCCUCCUGGAUCUGACCCAACCCAGAUACAUUUUCAACCAAACGCGGGUCGAUGGGGUCAAACCCAUUCCAACCCGAUUCGAUCCCAAACCAAACACACCCUUUAUUUGCAAUAUAUUACCAGUAGGGGUGCGCCCCUCCGGUUUCCAUAAAAGAAAAUGUUCUCUGAACAGAUCAUCAGGUCCGUCGGUUCUCCAUGGACUCCGCCGGUGAUGUGCCAAUCAUAGACUUGAGCAAGCUGCGGGGCACCUCGUCGGAGAGGUCAGCUGCAGUGCAGGAUGUCGGCAGGGUGUGCCAGGAGAAGGGGUUCUUCCAGGUCAUUAACCAUGGGAUCAGCACGGACAUCCUCCGCGACGCUCUCGCCGCCGCCGCCGCGUUCUUCAGCCUGCCAAUGGAUGACAGGUCGGCCCUGGCGUCCGACGACAUCACCCUGCCUGUCCGCUACGUCACCUCGUCCUCUGCACUCGACGGUGGCGAGGUCAAGGUCCAUCGACAUGUCCUGAAGCAGUACUCCUAUCCGUUGGAGAAGUGGAUCGGCAACUGGCCAGCAAAGCCAUCGCAGUACAGGGAGAAGAUGGGCAAGUAUGCAAGGGAAGUGAGGAAUAAGCUGGUGUCAGACCUAAUGGAAGCCAUCACCGAGAGCCUCGGGCUCGGGCGCUACUACCUGAGCAGCCAGAUGGAGAAUGGCUUCGAGAUGAUGCUCUUGAGCUUGUACCCCCCGCCGCCUGUGAGCUCGGGCAGCGACGACCUCCGCUGCGGCGACCACACGGACUACACCUUCAUCAGCGUCAUUCUAUCGACCCACGAGGGCCUCGAGGAGCUCGACCGGGGGACCGGGGCGUGGCUCGCGGCGCCGCACCGGCGCGGAGCCGAAGGCGGAUCGCCGCCGCCGCCGCCGUCCCUGACCGUGCACGUCGGGGAUUGCCUCGAGGCCAUGAGCAACGGGCGGUACAGGGCGGCGGUGCACAGGGUGCUCUGGGGACGGGGUGACACUGACACGAGCAGGGUGUCUAUAACCAGCCUGACGAACUGGGCCAUGGAUGAGAGCGUGGAGGUGGCCAAGGAGCUGGUGGACGACCGCCAUCCGAGCAUGUACAAGGGGAGCACUCUGAGGGACUACACCCGGUUUCUCUUGGCCGGCCGGGCCAGUGGCAGCACCUUCCUGGAAAGCCUCAAGAUCAAUUGAUGGAACAUGGGCAUCAAAGAAGAAGUUGAGCACGUGAUGAAAUUUGCUUGUUUACAGAGUAUUUGCAUUGCGUGAUCCAUGUACUACCUUUAUGUUAAGAAAACGCCUAUCCGCUAGCGCCCGUGACUUAAGCUAAGUCAUGGUGACUUAGCUUAAGUGGUGUCAAGUGGUUGUCUAAUAAAACCCAGAGUCAUUGAUGUCAA